AAUGAUAAUUUUUACCAUAAAAAAUAAAACAAAAUGUAUGUCCAUUAUCAUUAUUGAGCGUGUGUGGAGGAAAAAACAGAGGAAAGAAAAUUGCAGCAAAAUCAUGUCAUCUGCUGUUGGAUUCUCAGUGUGUUCCUGGUUGCGGUGUCACGCGCGAAAGCCUCCUUCAUGUUCUGUACUCUCCCCUGUUUCAGUGUCUUUUGGUUUCUUCUUGAACCAGGUCACUCACUCUAAGCUCAAGCAUGUUCAUAGAGCAUCCUCUGAAGGAACCCCUGAUGCUUUGGUUGAAGACUCCAAAUUUGUUCCUUUGAAUGCCGAGGAUCCAAGAUAUGGUCCACCUGCGUUAUUAUUGAUGGGAUUUGAAGCAGAUGAAGCUCCAAAGAUUCAACAGUUUUUGAAAGAGUUAGAUGGUGAAUUUCUUAAGGUCAUUUAUUGUACUGAGGACAUGGUGAGACUUUCUCUAUGGGAGGCAAUGCAUACAACACAAGGGAGUUUGGAAGAUUUCGAGAUAGACAACUCACUUCCUCGGAUAUGUUUCCUAUCUGGUCUAAGUGGAGAGGAGAUGAUGAUGUUUGUUGACGCUUUUCCUGAAACUGGACUAAAACCAGCUGCAUUUGCAGCACUUGUUCCCAAUAGUGCUAAUAAACCACUGCAGGAGUUGAUGGAAGAAAUAAUGGGAGACCAUGAGAUGUUGACUGGAGAACAAUUGUGAAGAGUUGAAAGUCCUGCAGAAUCCCAGGAGAACAAUUGCAGAGCGUGAUUGGAGAAGUAUUCAGAUUUGAUGGAUACAAACUGUUUUUUAGCUAUAUCAUAGGGAGUGGGGGAGUGUGAAUGUACUUAGAUUUGAAGCAUAUAAAAAUUAGCUACUGAUAAGUUAUUCAGGACCUAAUGUGUUGCAGUAUUGUGCAAGCAUAUUGAAAGUAGGACUUAAAAGUCCGCAUAUCAUAUAGACAUUUUUAGGUCAA